AUCAGACCACCACUGGAAAAAUAGAUAAAACUAAACAAAAAGAAAAUGAGAAAAAAUAAAGAAGAAAAAUGAGAAACAAGUUAAUGGACCGUUAGAGAGACGUACUGUUAAUGGUCGUACAAAACAAAUCAACGUGGUUUAAAUGCCCACCAUACUGUAAGAACUCCUCUCAAUGAACAAGACAUUAGCAAGAUGAGAGGCCGAGACAGUGAUAACACGCCAUGCUGAGGGACUGGUAGAAGUAAUACAGUGUUGGACAAGAGGCAAGAAAGACACACACAAAGAUGGUUGGUCCAGUCUUAUCAGGGCCCAUUAUUGGAUCCACCCGGGGCUCUGAGGUGGGUGGCCGGCCGCAGCCCCUCACACACCCUAGACUGGAGGCGUAUGACAAGGCAGUUCUGGGGAGAAUGACAGCUUACUGCUUCUUGUGUGAGAAAACUGUGUUGGGCGCCGAGAUUCUCCUACACUUGUUCUUUGGUGAGCUCGGGUGUAAAUACUGCAACUUUUCCAUUAAAAACUGUGCUGCCUUUCGCACGGACUACCCCAUGACUGGUAAGUGUCAUGGCUGCAGCGAGGGGCACAACGCGAACCGCUGGGUGUCACCAACGACCAAAUACAUCACCUACCACACACGCAAACAUCUCUCCAUUGCUUCAGGAACCCAAAGUCAUGAAUUACCAAAGGCUAAAGUAAUGGAUUCAGCUUCGAAGUAUGUCCGCGCUUUGCUUCCCCUGCGAGGCAUCUACCCCUGGCGGUCUGCUCUCAAGAUGGUGGCUAAGGCAGGCACAGCGAUUGAUCUUAGUAACCUGCCACCUCGUCUCAAGUGCCUCAAGACAACUGGGGCAGAGACAGGCCAGGUUAAGAUGUUUGGUGUCAGUGGCCUUCUCUCGACAGAAAAGUCACUGGUUGUACUGCAAAGACUGGAGGAGAGAAGGGCGUUGCAAUUUAAGUCAGUGUUUGGAAAUGAUGCAGAAGACCUUGGUGAUGAAGAAGGACAGUCAGGGUUAGUGGAGAAAGGAACAGUCACACAAGCAGGGUUGGAUAGAGCAUUGCCAGUGGAAGCAGUGAAGUGUGAGAGAACAGAACUGGAGAACUCAUUUGAUAGCAGUGACUCAGUUGAUAUGCAAGAAAUAGUUAUAAAGAAAGAAAUAAAAGAGGAAAGACAGCUAUCACCUCAAAAUAUACAUGACUUCUUGUAUGAUGAUAUGAUGGAAGAAAUUGUGAAGGAAGAAAUGGAGGUGGAAGAACGAUUACCACCACAGAAAUACGAGACAGGCAAACAAGCUGACUCAUUUAAAAACAGAGAUAAAGACUCGAGUGAUAUGAUGGAAGAAGUCGUGAGGGAAGAAAUGGAGGAGGAAAGACCACCAUCACCACAUAAAUCACAGACCUUAAUGAAAUAUGAGACGAACGAAGUGGCUCAUCAAGAAGAGAAGAAAGAACACAGAAUCUCACUACAAGAACUAGGAAAAAGUGAUGAGGGGAAGAUUAAACAAGAGAACACACUUGGUUGUAUAGGAGAAACUGGUGCUGUUGUGAAAAAGUCAAUAUUGAGGUUUGUAAGGAAGGAAAACAAGAGAAUAACAUUAAUACAACCAAGACAACAUGAAUUUGAGAACUUUGAACAGGUUAAAGUAGAAAACACCAUUGAAAACACACAAGACAUGGCUGGAGAGAGAACAGAGAAUAUAGAUACCAAGAAGAAGAAAAUAAAUGUUGAAAACACAGAAAUUAAGCUUGAAAACAUAGAAAAUGCACAAGAGAACACACAAAAUAUGGCUGAAGAGAGAACAGAGAACAGUCAGAACACUCACACCAAGAAGAAGAGGAAGGAGGAAAAGGAAAUAAAGAUUGAAAACACAGAAAUUAAGCUUGAAAACAUACACAAUUCACUUGAUAACGAAGACAGAGACUUAAAUGAUAUGAUGGAGGAAAUUGUGAAAGAAGAGAUGGAGGUGGAAGAACAACUGCCACCACAGAAAUAUGAGACAGAUGAACAAGAACAGGCUGACUCAUUUGAAGACAAAGAUAGAGACUCAAAUGAUAUGAUGGAAGACGUUGUGAAGGAAGAAUUAGAGGAGGAAAGACAUUUAUCACCUCAAAAUAUACAGGACUCAUUGUUUGAUGAUAUGAAGGAAGAUGUAAAGGAAGAAAGGAAAGUGGAAAGGUCAUUAUCACCACAGAAACAUGAGACAGACGGACAAGAACAAGCUGACUCACUUGAAAACAUAGAUAGACACUCAAAUGAUGUGAUAGAAAAUGCUGUGAGGGAAAUAAUGAAGGAGAAAGAACAAUUAUUACCACAGAAACAUGAGACAGACGGACAAGAACAAGCUGACUCAUUUGAAGACAGAGAUAGAGACUCAAAUGAUAUGAUGGAAGACGUUGUGAAGGAAGAAUUAGAGGAGGAAAGACAGUUAGCACCACAGAAAUCACAGAGCUUGGUGAAAUGUGAGACAAGUGCAGUGGGUGAUUUGGAAGAGGAGAAACACAGAAUCUCACUACAAGAACUAGGAAAAAGUGAUGAGGAGAAGAUAAAACAAGAGAACACACUUGGUGAUAUAGGAGAAACUGGUGCUGUUGUGAAAGAGUCAAUAUUGAGCAAGAAAAACAAAACAAUAACGUCAACACAAAUAACACAACACAAAUCUGAGAACUUUGAACAGGUUAAGGUAGAAAACACCAUUGAAGACACACAAGACAUGGGCGAAGAGAGAACAGAGAACAUAGAUACCAAGAAACACAGGGAGGAGAAGAAGAAGAAGGUAAAGAUUGAAAACACCUUUGAAAAUGCAGAGAUUAAAAUAGAAAACACACAGAAUAUAUUAGAAACCACACAAGAAAGAUACCAAGAUACCAAGAAACACAAGAAGAAAAAGAUGAUAAAGAUUGAAAACACUUUUGAAAAUGCAGAAAUUAAGGUAGAAAACACACAGAAUGCCUUAGAAAACACACAAGACAUGGAUGAAGAGACAACAGAGAACAUAGAUACCAAGACACACAAUAAAGAAAAGAGGAAGAAGAUGAUGAUAAAGAUUGAAAACACCUUUGAAAACACAGAGAUUAAAAUAGAAAACACACAUAACACACUAGAAAACUCACAGAAAAUGCCUGAAGAGAGAACAGAGAACAUAGAUACCAAGAAACACAAGAAGAAGAUGAUAAAGAUUGAAAACACCUUUGAAAACACAGAAAUUAAACUAGAAAACACACAGAAUGUCUUAGAAAACAUACAAGACAUGGAUGAAGGGAGAACAGAGAACACAGACACCAAGAAACACAAGAAGAAGACGAAGAAGAUGAUAAAGAUUGAAAACACCUUUGAAAACACAGAAAUUAAACUAGAAAACACACAGAAUGCCUUAGAAAACACACAAGACAUGGAUGAAGGGAGAACAGAGAACACAGACACCAAGAGACACAAGAAGAAGACGAAGAAGAUGAUAAAGAUUGAAAACACCUUUGAAAAUGCAGAGAUUAAACUAGAAAACACACAGAACAUCUUAGAAAACACACAGGAAAUGCCUGAAGAGAGAACAGAGAACAUAGAUACCAAGAAACACAAGAAGAAGAAGAUGAUAAAGAUUGAAAACACCUUAGAAAACACAGAGAUUAAACUAGAAAACACACAGAAUGUCUUAGAAAACACACAGGAAAUAGCUGAAGAGAGAACAGAGAACAUAGAUGCACCUUAG